UCGAAUGGAUGCGUCAUGGUCCCUGUCAUUCUUAUCGAUAAGGAUUCUAUCGUUUGCCGCAAAGAAUCUCGAGCUUCCCUGGUCGCAUUUCUCUCUUCCUCGCCAAUUCUCCCGUUCGACCCUUCCGUUUCCUUCCCUCAACUUCCCGCCCACCUACUCACCGCCACUUCACGAACCAGAUUCGACACAAUGGGAUCAUCCUCUUCAAAAGCCGCGCAGGGCGCCGCGCGCAAAUUCCCGACCCGGGCUCCGGGCGCCGUACCACCACCGUCAACCGCCGCGAGAGCAGCUCCCGCUGCCCCUCCGACGCAGCCCGCGCAGGCCCAGUCACAGGCGAAGACGGCGACACUCAAACCAGAAGAUCUCACAGCCACCACAACCACCACAAACCCCGAAGUCACCGCCGAAUUCUCCUCCCGCCUCCGCCAAAUGGGCAUCGUCCAGCCGAACCCAACCUUCUCCUCCACAUCAACAGCCAGCGCCGGCCCCGAUCCCGUCGCAGGCGCCCGCCCCGGCCCGAGUCCUCACGCCGACCUAAUCCAGAACCCGGGACCCUUGUUCCCUUCUACAUCCCGCAACGCGACGCUCGGCACCCUCGAAGCCAGGCGCCGGCUCCAGCAGGAAGCCGAUGCCGAGUUUGACGGCCUCGGACGCAGUAGCAGCGGCGGGAGGGAGUUUCUGGAUCUGAAGACGAUUAUUCAAAUGCACCUGAUGCGCGAGAGGGGACACUCGCCCGCUGAGAUUGAGGCAAGAUUGGAUCUGAAGGCUGGGGUUGUGGCAAGGUUGGGACGGAUUGGGAUCACGUCGCCUGCUUGAGUGUGGCAUUCGCGUUCACGAGAAAGUGUUGGUUGAUGAAAUGUGUUGAAGGUGUAUAAAAAAUGUAAUUAUAGGUAUACUGCUCUACGAAAACCGCAAAAGCUCCCAAACUCCAUAGUCUUUGGAAAUAAUUAACGACUAAUCAUCAAAAGACCCAAAAAACAA